AUUUAGUUUGUAUCGUGGAUUGCAGCCUGUAUUGAUAAGUUUGUGCUGUUCCAAUUUUGUCUACUUCUACACUUUUCAUGGUUUGAGGAGAUUAGUUCAGUCUAAUCAAGUUGGUCAUAGUGCUUUAGGAGAUUUGGGUGUUGCCAGCAUUGCAGGUGUUAUAAAUGUGUUUCUAACUACUCCACUCUGGGUGGCAAAUUCAAGACUGAAAAUGCAAGGUGCCAAAAUAUCUAAUGAAGAUCGAAAACGUUUGGGAAAACAUCCUGAAUAUGAAGGAUUAAUUGAUGCACUGAUUAAAAUUAGCAAAAUGGAGGGCAUAUCUUCAUUAUGGAGUAGCAUGGUACCAUCUUUAAUGUUGGUAAUCAACCCAGCAAUUCAGUUUUCAGUGUAUGAAGCUUUGAAACGUGAAUUACCGAAAUUGUUAGGAAAAAAUACCUUAAAUGCAGUUGAAUUUUUUCUACUCGGUGCAAUAGCCAAAAGUGUAGCUACAGUUCUUACUUAUCCUCUACAAAUUGUUCAACAAAAGCUGAGAUAUGGAUCUCAGGAGCUAAAAAAACUUGCUACAAUUCAAAUUUUUGCUCAUAUCAUUAGAACUAGUGGUGCUAGAGGUUUAUACAAAGGACUAGAGCCUAAACUACUGCAAACUGCUCUCACAGCUGCUCUUAUGUUUUUAUGUUACGAGAAAAUUGCAGCAUUUGUUUUCCAUAUUAUGGGUAUAAGAAGGACAUCUUUACGAAAAAGCCAUUAAGAUCUUAUAUGUACAAAUUAUUUAUUGCUUAUGUUAUUUAAAAUUGAGCCGUUUAUUUCAAAAACCAGUCAAGCAACAAAGUUUCUAAUUUCAGAAAACAUUUAUUUCAUCACAUUAAAUUAUUCAUCACUUGUUACUGAAAGAAAUAUGUAUUCAUUUCAGUUUAAAAUAUUGUAAUCCUUAUGUAAAACUUUUAAAAUAAGAGUAAAAAUGUUUUGUUGUACUUUUAGAGCUUGUCUCUUGACUGGGUUUUGAAAUAAACAGUUCAAUUGUUGAAUGCUUGCAUUGCAUAGCAAACUGAAGUUUUGGAUUAAACUCCAAAACUUCAGUUUGCACUUAAACGUGCAAAAUACUUUCUUUCACAAUGUCAAAAACUUGAUACCUAUUGGUUUUAGAAGCUUCCCAAAUUAGUUGGUAAAUUUGAUUUAAGCAAAUGAUGUCCAGCAAAAUUAAACUACUGUGACCUCUUACUUAUACGCAACCAAAGGGGACUGUAAAUUUUAGUACACAAGUGAGAUUCGCGCAUAAGUGAAAAACCCAAAAAAUAAGCUUAAAUACAAUAAGUUAACAUCAGUUAUACAAAUACUACACUACUAAUAGUAAUGAAUAAAUAUGCAAAUAAUUUCCCUAAAUGCAUUGUAAUUUAAUAAAAAUGUAAAAUAUGAAGUACGUUUUGUCAUUUUUUAUACACUGUACAGUACCUAAGCGAAUUCCCCGAAACCAAAAAAAUGUCGUGUGAUCAGUGCUAUAGUCUAGUCUACGAGGAUGCAAAAGAUCCUCGAUAGGCCAUGUCAGUACUUACCGAUUGACCACGACUUUUUAGUGACGUCAACCUUUUCGUUCUUGACGUUAAGCCGUUCUCCCUCUCGAUGUCAAUCAUAAGACUUAAUUCUACCUCCAAUUGUACACUUGUGUGAAAAAGAAUGCAUUCUUGGAAGAAUCCAAACAAUGGAAUAAAGACGUGUAAGUCCAUUCCAAGAGACAAAGAAAGGGCACAAAACUUUCGUUAAGCAAAGCUUGAAUAGGUGAUUUAACUUAAACUUGAAAAAAAUUUUAUGGUGCAUAAGUGAAAGUUGUAUUUUAGAUUUCGCGUAUAAAUGAACAAGAGUUAUAUUUGUUUUCCUAUAUCUCUGGCCGAAGCUCAUGAGGAAAACGAGCAUAAGUGAAAAACGCGUAUAACACAGGUGGCGUAUAAGCGAGAGAUCACUGUAAUAAAUAACCUAAAUAAUUGAUUGGAAUCUGCCAUUUUAGCUUACUUAAAAUUUAGAAAAUAACGACUUGUCAGCGGUGGAAAUCUCAUAAGUAGGAUAUCCUACCAUUCAAAAAGCAUUUUAAAAUAAAAGAAACAUGAAGUUUUUUUAAUCAAAUCUAAUUAAAGUAAGAUAAAUAAAUACCUUUGUGUUGAACAGUAAAGUAAGAAAUAACAACAUCAAUAAAGCACAAAUUGCAGAUGUCUCCAGACACGUGUUUCGUUGUUACAGGGCUGGCUUUUGUCGGAUGUCUUUUCAUCCAUAAACUCAUUACUUUUUGCAUUGAAAAAGGCAUUCCCUGUAAUGACAAAACAUGUGUUUGGAGUAAUCUGCAAUUGUGCUUUUUUGACGUUAUUUCUUACAUUAAUAAAUAAAGUAAUUUAUAGUAAUGCAUGCUGGGAAUGUUAGCAUAAAUAUGUUAUUAAUGAGGUUUGUGUUAAGGUUAUAGUUGAUAUUUUGUUCUGUUAUUGAUAAUGUAAAAAAAUUUUGGAACUAGAAUGUUAUCCGCUUGUUCUGUAAUUUAGAUACCGUGCAAUGUAGCAUUUCUGUUUAUUAUAUUAUGCAUUGAACAAAAUAAGUGUUUUAUAACUGAUUUUUUAUACAUGUUUAGAAUAUUUUAAGUUUUUUUAUAUUGUUAAUAAACA